AUGAUUAGUGUAACAGCGGCUGCUAAUGGCGCAUAUAGACCGUAUCGACCGAUGGGACUUCAUUGGAAGGGUGUUGGCAGUGGACGAGUUUCAAUGGAAACUGAGAUAAGCUCAUAUUCAAAGGCACAAAAAGACACAAAAAAGAGCUGUUCCAUUUCCAAACAAAAGCAUUUAUUAUCCAUUUUAUGGAAUCUUUGGCGUCGUUUAUUUGGCCAUCUGUUGACGCUCUUCUUGACCGCCAUCGAUUAUUGUUUUCGUCGGUUUAAAGUGGAUAAUGGGACAAGAAGUUGCUCAUCUCGAAUAUACGCACCGUUAUAUGUGAUGCACGCAAAAGAAUUGCCGAAAAAAAGUUUAAUUGAGACAUUCGACGACGAGAUUUUACUGAAGAUUUUUACAUGGUUAGACGCAUGUUCGGUUGUCAAUCUUGAACGUUGCUCUUCCAAGUUGAAGCGUUUUGUUGCUGCAAACGUCCAAAAACUACCAAAAUAUCACGUUGAUCAGGUAAAAUUGCAUUUCGAUGAGGGUGAAUUGAUGAUCUAUCCAACUGACGAGAAGUUGGCUCCGUCACGUUUCGUAAUGCCCACUAUACAAAUGCUUGCAUUAAAACUGAAGCAUUUUUCCACAUCGUCGUUAUUCAUUCGUGGCUUAAUACCCAUUGAAGCGAUACCCGUGUUGCAAAAAUUGCUAACGCUGAGCCUUCAGCCAACUCAAAUCUAUUUUCUAUGGUGCGAAUUCAGUGUUGCAUCACGUCAAUUACUGAAAGAAUAUAUUGCCGCAAAUGUGAAUUAUUUGUGUGACGUUGGCUUUGAAGAGUGUCAGCCGAUCUCGAUUUUCGACGAUGAUCUUAUUGAAUCUGUAGUUCCAAAUUUGACAGCAUUGCGGAUAUGGAAUGAUGGACGUUCGGGACGUUACCACAUUUCGGACAAAACGUUGUUGUGUAUUGCUGGUGCCGAUAAGUUAGUACUGGAAACGUUGGAUGUAGCGACAUCACAAGUAACGAUCAGUGGUAUUGGUGCGGUUGUCGAGAGAUGGUCGCAGAAUCCGCAACAAGAUGUCGGUAUCGUGGUGCAUGGUUGUAAGCGAUUUAGUAGAAAUGACCUCUUUGAAUAUUGUCGCUCAAAGGGACUGAACAUGUCUAAUCAAGGACUCUUAACCAUUAAUCAUUUCACACUUUCUGUAUUCAUUGGUUGA